CGCUGUGUGGCUGCCGCGGGUCUGCAGGAGCCGCCGGGACCGCACGGGGCUCCCCGGGGCCGUGUGCGUGUCUGUGCGCGUCCGGGUGUGAUCUGCGUGGGUCUGGCUGUUUUGGCACAUCUGGGCACAGGAAAUGUCUUUGGAAAACUUAGGGGGGAAAAAAACUUUUUUUUUGGGGGGGGCGGCUUUGAAAUCUGAUUCCUUGUUGUCACAAGUGGACUGAACCCAGCCGGUCCCCCCCCCCCAACUCCCUCCUCCACUAACUACCACCAAACUGACAACUUUUUGGUGGCGGCUUUUCUCCCCCGGCUCGGCUCAGCCUUGUGCCUUCCCUCGGACGAUUUGACUCUUCCCCAGCCCCGGCUCCCACUUGCAAGCUUGGCCUCCGGCCAGCAGGCAGGGCACAGGCAGCAGGAGGUUCUUGCGCUCCGCCGGCCGCAGGGGGACCUUGGGCAGGGAAGGAGCAUCCCGGAAAGAGGGGCCUGGCUCUGGGGGACCUUAGCACCUGCGGCAGCCGCCCAGCCUCCUGCUGUGGCCCUGACAUCGCCAGGCAAUGGGACUUUGGCUUAACUGAGGAAGGAAGGAUCCAGUCUGGAGGCAGAUCACGAUGAGGACCUAGGGCAUCUGCCUGCUGAUUACCUGCUUGGCCUGGAGUAACCAUGGCCCCCCGCAAGAGGAGCCGCCAUGGCCUGGGCUUCCUGUGCUGCUUUGGAGGCAGCGGCCUUCCUGAGAUCAACCUCCGGGACACCCAUCCUCUGCAGUAUAUGGAGUUCUCAAGUCCUAUCCCAAACCCAGAGGAGCUCAACGUCCGCUUCGCAGAGCUGGUGGAUGAAUUGGAUCUCACCGACAAAAACCGGGAGGCUGUGUUUGCACUGCCUCCAGAGAAGAAAUGGCAGAUCUACUGCAGCAAGAAGAAGGAGCAGGAGGACCCCAACAAGCUGGCCACCAGCUGGCCUGACUAUUACAUCGACCGCAUCAACUCAAUGGCCGCGAUGCAGAGUCUGUAUGCCUUUGACGAGGAAGAGACGGAGAUGAGGAACCAAGUUGUGGAAGACCUGAAGACAGCUCUCCGGACACAGCCCAUGAGGUUUGUGACACGCUUCAUUGAGCUGGAGGGUUUGACCUGUCUGCUGAAUUUCCUCCGGAGCAUGGACCAUGCCACCUGUGAAAGUCGCAUCCACACCUCCCUCAUCGGUUGCAUCAAGGCUCUGAUGAACAACUCCCAGGGGCGGGCGCAUGUUUUGGCGCAGCCUGAGGCCAUCAGCACCAUUGCACAGAGCCUGCGUACAGAGAACAGCAAGACCAAGGUGGCCGUGCUGGAGAUCCUGGGCGCCGUGUGCCUGGUGCCUGGUGGCCACAAGAAGGUGCUGCAGGCCAUGCUACACUACCAGGUGUAUGCAGCUGAGCGGACGCGCUUUCAGACACUGCUGAAUGAGCUAGACCGAAGUUUGGGCCGGUAUCGGGAUGAAGUGAAUCUGAAAACAGCCAUCAUGUCCUUCAUCAAUGCUGUCCUUAAUGCUGGAGCUGGAGAGGAUAAUCUGGAGUUCCGCCUUCAUCUACGGUACGAGUUCCUGAUGCUGGGGAUUCAGCCUGUGAUUGACAAACUCCGGCAGCAUGAGAAUGCCAUCCUGGAUAAGCAUUUAGACUUCUUUGAGAUGGUCCGGAAUGAGGAUGACCUGGAGCUAGCCAGGAGGUUUGACAUGGUCCACAUCGACACCAAGAGUGCUUCCCAGAUGUUUGAGCUGAUCCACAAGAAGCUAAAGCACACUGAAGCCUACCCCUGCUUGCUGUCUGUCCUGCACCACUGCCUACAGAUGCCCUACAAGCGGAACGGUGGCUACUUCCAGCAGUGGCAGCUCCUGGACCGCAUCCUUCAGCAGAUUGUCCUCCAGGACGAGAGGGGUGUGGACCCUGACCUGGCUCCCUUGGAGAACUUCAACGUCAAGAACAUUGUCAACAUGCUCAUCAAUGAGAAUGAAGUGAAACAGUGGCGAGACCAGGCAGAGAAGUUCCGGAAAGAACACAUGGAGCUGGUGAGCAAGCUGGAGAGAAAGGAGCGAGAAUGUGAGACAAAGACAUUGGAGAAGGAAGAGAUGAUGCGGACACUGAACAAAAUGAAGGACAAACUGGCCCGAGAGUCCCAGGAGCUGCGCCAGGCUCGAGGACAAGUGGCAGAGCUGGUAGCCCAACUCAGUGAAAUUUCAGCAGGACCUGUAUCUUCCCCACCUCCCCCUGGGGGCCCACUGACCUUGUCUUCCUCAAUGACAACCAAUGACCUGCCUCCACCUCCACCCCCUCUCCCAUUCCCCUGCUGCCCCCCACCGCCACCACCACCUCUUCCACCUGGUGGGCCUCCUACUCCCCCUGGUGCCCCACCUUGCUUCAGCAUGGGCCUGCCUCUCCCUCCAGACCCCUGCCCCAGCAGUGAUAUCCCACUCAGGAAGAAGUGUGUCCCCCAGCCUUCCCAUCCACUGAAGUCCUUCAACUGGGUCAAGCUGAAUGAGGAACGUGUCCCUGGCACCGUAUGGAAUGAGAUUGAUGACAGGCAGGUAUUUCGGAUUCUGGAUCUAGAAGACUUCGAAAAAAUGUUUUCAGCUUAUCAGAGGCACCAGGAGCUGAUAACUAAUCCUUCUCAGCAGAAAGAACUGGGCUCCACAGAGGACAUCUACCUGGCCUCCCGCAAGGUCAAAGAACUGUCAGUCAUUGAUGGCCGAAGGGCACAGAACUGCAUCAUCCUUCUCUCCAAGUUGAAGCUUUCUAAUGAGGAGAUCCGGCAAGCCAUCUUGAAGAUGGACGAACAAGAGGACCUCGCUAAGGACAUGCUGGAGCAGCUCCUCAAGUUCAUCCCAGAGAAAAGCGACAUUGACCUCCUUGAGGAGCACAAGCAUGAAAUAGAGCGGAUGGCCCGUGCUGAUCGCUUCCUCUAUGAAAUGAGCAGGAUCGACCACUACCAGCAGCGACUGCAGGCCCUCUUCUUCAAGAAAAAGUUCCAGGAGCGGCUGGCUGAGGCCAAGCCCAAGGUGGAAGCCAUCUUGCUGGCCUCCCGGGAGCUGAUCCGCAGCAAGCGUUUAACACAGAUGCUUGAGGUCGUCCUGGCCAUUGGCAACUACAUGAACAAAGGGCAGCGUGGGGGUGCCUAUGGGUUCCGGGUGGCCAGCCUCAACAAGAUUGCAGACACCAAGUCCAGCAUUGACAGAAACAUCUCUCUGCUCCAUUACCUGAUCAUGAUCCUGGAGAAGCACUUCCCUGACAUCCUGAACAUGCCCUCAGAGCUACAGCAUCUUCCAGAAGCCGCCAAAGUCAACCUGGCGGAGCUGGAGAAGGAGGUGGGCAACCUCAGGAGAGGCCUCAGAGCAGUUGAGGUGGAGCUGGAAUACCAGAAGCGGCAGGCACGGGAACCAAAUGACAAGUUUGUCCCAGUCAUGAGUGACUUCAUCACCGUCUCCAGCUUCAGCUUCUCAGAGCUGGAAGACCAGCUGAAUGAGGCCAGGGAAAAGUUCUCCAAGGCCCUGAUGCACUUUGGGGAGCAGGACAGCAAGAUGCAGCCAGAUGAGUUCUUUGGAAUCUUUGACACCUUCCUGCAGGCCUUCUCGGAGGCCCGGCAGGACCUGGAGGCCAUGAGGAGGAGGAAGGAGGAGGAGGAACGGCGGGCGCGCAUGGAAGCCAUGCUGAAGGAGCAGAGGGAGCGGGAGCGGUGGCAGCGGCAGCGGAAGGUCCACGCAGGCAGCACGCUGGAGGAAGGUGGCGAGUUCGAUGACCUGGUGUCAGCCCUGCGCUCGGGGGAGGUUUUUGACAAGGACUUAUGCAAGCUCAAGCGCAGCCGCAAGCGGUCAGGGAGCCAGGCCCUGGAAGUCACCCGGGAACGGGCCAUAAGCAGGCUAAAUUAUUGACCUGGGCACUGGCCACAGCAGGAGGUGGGAGAUGGGGCUGGGCCGAGGGGCUGAGCGGAGGCAGCCGUGAUCCUUAGACAAUUUGGUGCUCGGGUUAAACGAGCCCUGGGCUGGGCCCUGGGGGCGGGGGCCAUGUGUGGCCGGACCAGGUGUCCCCGCACGUCUCCUGUUCCGUUACUCUUUCUGCAUCCCGGCCGCCCAGGGUCCCUCUGAGGCAGACUUGGACAGCCCCGGUAGGCCCUGCAGAAGGAGCCCUGCCAACCCACCCCCACCCCCCACCCCCAGCAAGGGCACGUACGUGUUGGCACGCAACUGUUCCAGAUCUAGACUGGACUGGUCCACGGGCCUUGUCCAGAUUUCAUGUGCAGGAGGGAAUUCAUGGCGGGGUGGGGGUGGGCCCCCUGAGAGCCCGAGUGAGAGAACGCAGGCCCCCAUCCCCCAGAAGAGGCUUUAAUGGAACACUGAGCUGCGGGCAAAGUUUCCUCUUGGAUGGAGAAGGAAGAGGCAUUAGAUAGUCUAGCUAGAUCGGUUUCAGAGAAAGUGCUGGGAGGAGGAUGCAGAGACCAAGUCAUCGGGACACAGAGUAGCAGUGCUUGUUUCCUACUUCCCAAGCCCUUUAGCCCCUCUCUUGUAUAUCUUAAGUCUCUCCCCCUUCCUUCCCUACUGCCACCUCCCUCCUAUUUACUAAUCCUGAAUCUCAGAACACUCACUUUUGGGUUCCCACGACUAUGGUUCACGAUCAGGUACUUGAUGAAUCUGGUUAGGGAAGGGGUUCAAGAAAGACCCCACUCAUUACCACACUUUGUGCCUCGGGCAUGAGGACCCUGGAACAAAACCCUCCUCACACCUCCUCUGCACAACCCACCCACUCACUGUCUUGAUGUGGGACAGCACAGGUGUUGGCUGGGCAUUCUGAUGGCCCCUCACUAGAGGGCAGCACUUGAAUGCCUGGCUAGACUCACGGGCUCCCUGGUCCACAGUUUGAGGUUCAUCAGACCCCAAACUCUUGCUCUAAUGUCUGCCUCAGGGCAGACGCCACGGAGACCUCUCGCUCUGUCCAGCCUGCAGAAGGCCACUUCACACCAUGUGGACCUGGCUGAGGCUGGCCCUUGGGUGUUGCUUCCAGAGAAGAUCUGAAGGGCCAGAGCUGCCCUCUGUAUUUACAUGCAAUCUCUGAGGCAUUCGGACUGGGAGCCAGAGCAGGCAGGGGAAGCCAGGGAGGCGGAAUACAGAAGAGAAAGCCCAAUUUCCCUGGGGGUGCACUGCCUAGAGGAAACAAGGGCAGAAAGCUGGGUACCAGAGAUGGGGGCUGGGACCCACCUCUCAAUUCAGUUCUUCAGUCUGCCUUCCAAGGGGUCCAUUCUGGUCCUCCCAUCCACUCCCACCGUCUAUCCUGUGCAUCUUGAGCUGUCCUUGGUUGGGGUGAAACAAUGGCUAUGUCUAAACUAAACUUCUAUGUUCUCAAAGAAGGCAGGAGAGGUCAACUCCAUCAAGCCUCUUAUUUUCAAUACAUUUCUUCCCACUGGAGUUGACCUAUCAUCCUCGGAGUCCAGCCUCCCUCCAUCAACCAGCUCCUUGCCAUUCUAUCUUCCUGAGCUUCUCGUUGUUUCUCACCUUCCAACCUAUUUCUCCAGCUCAGGGUUAAUGCCAGUGGCCACAAUGGUGGGCUAGGCCCACUCUUCAGCAGCUUAUCUUUUCCCUACAUUAGAUUCCUGAGAUAGGGCCAGAGUAGCUGCGGGGGCGGGGGACAAGAAACAUAGGGUUAGUGAGCCCAGCAUGUGUGUUGGUUUGAAGGGGGAAGGGAUGUGAGCAAAUGCAGGCCUGGCCAGGCUAGAUGGGAAGAGGCCAUCCUGGAGUCCAGGUGAAUGCAAGAUGAAGGCUUCCAGGAAGGGCAGCUGCAGAGGGCUUUGUUAUACCCAUCUGUAUAGCUGACAGCCCCCGCUGCAAGAAGCUGGUGAUGGGAAGGUGGGGUGGGGGGUGGGGGGCGGUUCUCUGAAGGUCCUCUCCCAAACUGGCUGGGCUGAGGCCAACCUACCCCAUAGGGGCAAAGAAUGGGGGAGGGCUCCUCUUCUAUCCAACAGCAUGUCCGUAUUGUGGCAUUCCCACUCACCGUGGAAGACUGGAUACACACCAGGAGAGACAAGGAAUACAGAAGUUGUUCAAGACAUCCUGCAUCCACAGAAAAGCACACUUUGGUUUAACUGUUUACAGAGGACACAUACCUUGUUCCAGGGCUCAGGCUUCUCACCCCGGAAGAUUUUUCCUUUUCUAUUUAUUAUUGUCUAGCUCUGGCCAGUAGAAUAGCCAGAUCUACAACAGUGCCUUGGACCAUGCACCAUCACAUCUGAGUCAGCCAGGACAGGCUGGUGCCCCGUGGAGAUGGUUGAGUUGGUAUCUUGAUAUGCUAAAUGUUUACACCUACUAUAUUUGUUCCUUAGUCUUUCCUGUGUCCUUCUCUCCCCCACCUGCCCCCUUCAGGUACAUUUCUCCAGCUGUCUAAUUUUGUGUUCAAUGUAAAAUUCAGUUAACCUAAUCCAACCUGUCCCCUUCUCGGCAGCAACGCCCGCUCCUCCUCCCCGGUGAGGGAAGUCAGGCAUGUUUGGGACAGCAGGAGGAAAAAAUUCUCCAGCUGGAGAGGGAAGGGGUCUGGUCCAGGCUCUCCCCAUCCCCAUCCCAUUUUUACCAACUGGGGUGCCAUGACUGUUCCUCCAGCCUCUACGAGGGACGCCUCCAUGCCACGGCUGCUUUCAUCAAGCUGGCUCAGACAAGUGGGGCUAAUGUACAAAAUCUGCAGCAUCCUUUUUACCUGCACCAUUUUUAUAAGAAUAUAUUGUAAUACUAAAAAAUAUUAAAUCCGUACCAUCCCCA